UCGCUUCAAUGGACGCUUGUUUUGAUUCUUCACCGUCGCGUUCAAUUUAAACUUCCAAACUGACGUCACUGUUUGGUUUAAUAGUUCCAUCUACAGUUGAUUAACCCUAACCCUAAGGAAGGUUUAUUAUUAAUCGUUUCUACGUCACUGAAAUCAAACCACAGUGCGACGUGGUGUUGCGUCCAGCUUCGUCCCCGGGGUAGGAACCAUGGAGCUUGCCUACGUGUGUGAGUGGGACCGACGCCAGAGGAGCACCCACUGUCCCUCCAUCCCUCUGGUCUGCUCCUGGUCCUGCAGGAACCUGGUGGCCUUCACCACGGACAUGAAGAACCACGACGACGACAAAGACGUCAGUCACAUGAUCCACAUCAUGGACACUGAACACCCGUGGGACAUUUAUUCCAUCAACUCCGGACACACUGAGGUCAUUUCCUGUCUGGAGUGGGACCAAUCAGGCUCGCGGCUGCUGUCGGCCGACGGCGACGGUCAGAUUAAAUGCUGGUCGAUGUCGGAGCACCUGGUGAACAGCUGGGAGAGCGUCCUGUGCAGCUCGCUGGACGGAGACCCCAUCGUGGCUCUGAGCUGGCUGCACAACGGCGUGAAGCUGGCGCUGCACGUGGAGAUGUCGGGUUCUACAAACUUCGGUGAGAAGUUCUCUCGGGUGAAGUUCUCUCCAUCUCUCACUCUGUUUGGCGGGAAGCCGAUGGAGGGCUGGCUGGCGGUGACGGUGAGCGGCUUGGUCACCGUGUCGCUGCUGAAGCCGGGCGACACGCUGCUGACGGCGAGCGAGAGUCUGUGCCGGCUGAGAGGUCGGGUGGCGUUAGCCGACAUCGCCUUCACUGGAGGAGGGAACAUCGUGGUGGCGGCAACCGACGGCAGCAGCUCGUCUCCCGUUCAGUUCUACAAGGUGGUGGUGAGCGUGGUCAGUGAGAAGUGUCGCAUCGACACGGAGCUGUUACCGUCGCUGUUCCUGCGCUGCACCACCGACCCCCUGCGGAGAGAGAAGUACCCGGCGGUGACCCACCUGAAGUUCCUGACCCGAGAGAACUCCGAGCAGGUUCUCCUCUGUGCGUCUCAUCAGAGUGGCAGUAUCGUGGAGUGUUGGUCUCUGAGGAAGGAGGGACUUCCUGUUAACAACAUCUUCCAGCAUCGUUCACCAGUCGUGGGGGAGAAGCAGCCCACCAUCUUGAAGUGGAGGAUCUUGACCACCACUAACGACCUGGAGCGAGUCUCAGCUGUUGCUCUGCCCAAGCUGCCCAUCUCCAUCUCCAACACCGACCUGAAGGUGGCGUCAGACACCAAGUUCUGUCCUGGACUGGGUCUGGCUCUGGCUUUUCAUGAUGGAAGUAUUCAGAUCCUCCACCGUCUGUCUCUUCACACCAUGGGCGUUUUCUACGGCUCCUCCUCCAGCCAGCGACCUGGAGAAGAGUCGGCCAUCAAGCGGCAGAGAACCGGAGCUCCUGCGCUGCACUUCAAGGCUCUGCAGUUCUCCUGGACGUCUCUGGCUCUCACUGGAGUCGACAACCACGGAAAGCUCCACAUGUUGCGGGUGUCGCCCUCUAUGGGUCAGGUGCUGGAGAUGAAUACAACACUGCGCCACCUGCUGUUCCUGCUGGAGUACUGCAUGGUGACAGGCUACGACUGGUGGGACGUUCUGCUGCACGUUCAGCCGACCAUGGUCCACAACCUGGUGGAGAAACUGCACGAAGAGUACAUGAGGCAGAACCAGGCUCUGCAGCAGGUUCUGGCGACUCGUAUCGUGGCAGUGAAGGCGUCGCUCUGUAAACUCUCCACGGCCACGGCGGCUCGAGCCUGUGACUUUCACGCCAAACUGCUGCUGAUGGCGAUCAGCUCGACUCUGAAGUCUCUGCUGCGACCGCACGUCCUCAACACGCCGGACAAGAGCCCCGGAGACCGGCUGACGGAGAUCUGCGCCAAGAACACCGACACUGAUAUUGAUAAGGUGAUGAUCAACCUGAAGACGGAGGAGUUUGUGUUGGACGGCCCCCCCCUCCAGUCGCUGCAGCAGCUCAUCCAGUGGGUGGGAGACUUCGUCCUCUACCUGCUCGCCAACCUGCCCAACCAGGGCUCCAUGGUCCGGCCCGGGUUCGGCUUCAUGAGGGACGGGGUGUCUCUGGGGAUGCUGAGGGAGAUGUUGGUGAUGAUCCGGAUCUGGGGUCUUCUGAAACCGGGGUGUCUGCCCACCUUCACCGCCACGUCGGACAACCAGGACAGCAUGCAGCUGCUGUUCCGACUGCUCACCAAGCUGUGGCUCUGCUCUCGGGACGACGGCCCCCCCCAGGAGCCUGACGAGACCCUGAUCGACGAGUGCUGCCUGCUGCCGAGCCAGCUGCUGGUGCCGGGGAUGGACUGGCUGCCGGUGAACGACGGCGUCAUCGUGCGGCUGCAGAACAAACAUCCGCUCAGGCUGCAGUUUGGAAAAGCUUCGUCUCUGCCCGGAGGAGGAGGCUCCGCCCCCCUGGAGGUGUUCACCAGGAGUCCUGGUCCUCAGAAGAUGGAUCACCUCCGCUGUGUUCAUAUGGGAGUUUGUCCCACUGAGGAGAGUAAAGCCUGCACCAGGUGUGGCUGUGUGACGAUGCUUCGUUCUCCCAACAAGACGAACGCCAUGAAGCAGUGGGAGCAACGCUGGAUCAAGAACUGUCUGUGUGGAGGUCUCUGGAGGAGGAUCCCCCCCGCACUGCUCGCCUGACCCCAUCUGACCUCACCUGGAGGUCAAAGGUGACCAGGUGAACACCAGUAGACCAGGUCUGGAUAUUCUGAGUUCAGAAACCUGUUAUGUUUUUAUGAUCCCUGUUCGUUUGAACGACUGUAAAUAUAAAUCAUUUUGUAAUAAAA